AUGGGUGAGCUUACCAUUGAAGGCAGUGAAUGGCAUUUGGAUAGAGUUUGGUCACCAAAACUAAGGGUUCCCAACAACAAGAAUCCGUCCGCUCUGGACAGGGACGCAAAGAUUGUGCUCUUAAGGGUCAACACUGAUGGAUACGUUAAAGUCAGAAAAAGACUCAAUUUGGAUCUAUACUGUCAAAUGAAUUUCCAAUAUUAUCCAUUUGAUACCCAAGUAUGUGACGUCUCCUUCAUAUCCAGCGAUCUAUCGGAUGACCACAUGUUAGUCGACUGGACAACAGAUGAGAAGUCCUUUACCUCAGACACCAACUUCUAUAUGACUGGUUUUGCUCUUCAGUCAAUUCGUUUGAAGAGUGAAAGCAUCAAAACAAAAGACGAAAACUUCAGUUCAGUUUCAGUGGUGUUUUAUCUGAAGCGCGAGUGGACUCGAUAUUUGCUGGAUAUAUAUUUGCCAACAUUUCUGGUCAUAAUCGUGUCGUGGAUGUCCUUCUGGAUGGAUAUAACGGCCACUCCGGCGCGCAUAACAUUAGGCAUCACAACGAUGUUGACGUUUGUGACGGUCGCUAAAGAAGCCCGAGAGAGACUGCCCACCAUUUCCUACGUGAACGCUCUCGACAUUUGGUUUGUCGUGUGCACUGGAUUCAUUUUCUUGUCAUUGAUUGAGUUCUCAGUCAUUACAUACAUAUCGAGGGCUGAGAAGAGAAAAAUCCGAGAAAUUAAAACAUUGCGAAGAAAUAUAAGUCAGAGUCAGUUGUCGUUGGCGUCAGAAGACUCGCAGUUUACGUUCACUGCCAACGAUGGCAAACAAUUAUGUGCAUCAAAAAAUUCAGAAAGAUUUCCGUUCGAAGGCAUUGAGAUUAAAGUUCCCCGGUCUCCCAAAUUAAAUGAAAGGCCAACCCUGAUGAUUCCCGGCAGUCCUUCAUUGAAAAAACAUAACUUCAUCGUAACCCCUCCCGAUACCCCUCAGACCCCCAACUUUGAUAUAAGUCCGGACAAUUCAUACGACCCCCUGAAGAAAACUCCGGUUGAAAUCGCUGAGUCUAUCGAUAGGAAGUGUCGCAUUAUUUUUCCCGUUAUGUUUAAGUAA